UUCUGGUGGUGGGAAAGUGAAGGCAUCCCUCAUCCAAGCGGCGCGUUCUGAGGCAGGUCGCCUACUUGCAGAAGAGGGUAGGCCAGCGACAGCAGAGGCCCUGACUCGGAGCCCGGUGAAUCAGCAGCUGCAGAGUCAGGCAGCGGCAGAGAGGGAAUGGUGCAGGGACGCGCUGAAAAGGAGGCGCAGUCCCUGCCCCUCAGGGUUAGUGAAUGAGGUGCUCCGCCCGGGCCGGCCCGGGGACCUUGCGCUGCGGGUCCCAGCAUGAGUACGGGCCCCGGCUGUGAGCCCUGCACCAAACGACCCCGGUGGGGCACUGCUGCAACUUCGCCGGCGGCCUCGGACUCCCGAAGCUUCCCCGGCAGGCAGAGGCGCGUCUUCAACCCCAAGGACGCUCCCGUGCAGUUCAGAGUCCCGCCGUCCUCUCCAGGCUUUGUCCCAGGGCGGGCGGGACCGCACCAAGGCGGCGCCACCACGCUUGUUUUCAAGCAAAAGACUAUUACCAGUUGGAUGGACACCAAGGAAAUCAAGACAACCGAAUCAGAAAGUUUGGUUAGUAAAGAAAACAAUAAUACAAGAAUAGAAUCCAUGAUGAGUUCUAUACAGAAAGAUAAUUUUUACCAACAUAAUGUGGAAAAAUUAGAAAGUGUUUCUCAACUAAGUCUUGAUAAAUCACCUGUUGAGAAAAGGACACAGUAUUUGAACCAGCAUCAGACUACAGUGAUGUGUAAGUGGCAGAAAGAAGGAAAACAUACAGAGCAGCUUUUAGAAAGCGAACCUGCGACAGUGACUCUGGUGCCAGAGCAGUUCAGUAAUGCUAACAUUGAGCAGUCCUCCCACACUGAUUGUCACAGUGACACUGACAGCAAAGAAAGCAGAGAUAAUCAACAAUUCCUGACACCCAUAAAGCUUGCGAAUGUGAAGCAGACAACAGAUGAUCAAGCCAGAGAAGCCAGAAGCCAGCAGAAGGACUGCACAUCCUGCCUCUCUGGGGAAAACUGUGCAGGUUGUCAGCAGGAGGAGAUAGACGUGGUACCAGAGAGUCCCUCGUCAGAUGUUGGCUCUGAGGAUGUUGGAACUGAAUCGAAAAAUGACAGCAAAUUGAGGAGACAAGAAAAUAGCCUAGGAAAUUCCCCAUUUGCGAAGGAAAGUGAACCUGAAUCACCGAUGGAUGUAGAUAAUUCCAAAAAUAGUUGUCAAGAUUCAGAAGCAGAUGAAGAGACAAGUCCAGGUUUUGAUGAACAAGAAGAUGGUAGUUCCUCCCAAGUAAUCAACAAACCUUCAAGGUUGCAAGCAAAAGAAGCUGACAGUGAACUUAAGAAGCAGUGCUCUGCUAAAGGAGGUGAAAUUAGAUUACAUUUUCAAUUUGAAGGAGGGGAGAGUAGCACUGGGGUGAGUGAUUUAAAUGCCAGACCACCUGGAAGUACUUCUAUGCUUAAUGUAGAAUGCAGAAAUUCCAAGCAGCAUGGAAAAAGGGACUCCAAGAUCACUGACCACUUCAUGAGAAUGCCUAAAGCAGAGGACAGAAGAAAAGAACAGUGUGAAAUCAGACAUCAAAGAACAGAAAGGAAGAUGCCUAAAUACGUUCCACCUCACCUUUCUCCAGAUAAGAAGUGGCUGGGAACUCCUCUUGAGGAGAUGCGAAGGAUGCCUUGGUGUGGGAGCCGGCUGCCUCUCUUGAGACCGUCUGCCAAUCACACAGUGACUAUUCGGAUAGAUCUUUUGCGAGCAGGAGAAGUUCCUAAGCCUUUUCCUACACAUUACAAAGAUCUGUGGGAUAACAAGCAUGUCAAAAUGCCUUGCUCUGAACAAAACUUGUACCCUGUGGAAGACGAGAAUGGUGAGCGAACUGCAGGGAGCCGGUGGGAGCUUAUUCAGGCUGCACUUCUCAACAAAUUCACACGACCCCAAAACCUGAAGGAUGCUAUUCUGAAAUAUAAUGUGGCAUAUUCGAAGAAGUGGGACUUUACAGCCUUGGUUGAUUUCUGGGAUAAGGUACUUGAGGAAGCAGAAGCCCAGCAUCUGUGUCAGUCCAUUCUGCCUGACAUGGUGAAGGCCGCACUUUGCCUGCCCAGUAUUUGCACCCAGCCAAUACCUCUCCUGAAGCAGAGGAUGAAUCAUUCCAUCACAAUGUCACAGGAACAGAUUGCCAGUCUUUUAGCUAAUGCGUUCUUCUGCACAUUUCCCCGGCGGAAUGCUAAGAUGAAGUCAGAGUAUUCUACUUACCCUGACAUUAACUUCAAUCGAUUGUUUGAAGGACGUUCAUCAAGGAAACCAGAAAAGCUUAAAACACUCUUCUGCUACUUUCGAAGAGUCACAGAGAAAAGUGGAUUUCGCAAACCGUUUUGUUGGAGGUGGUGUAACCAGUGCAGGACUUGUACAAGAAGAAAUCCGCUUUCUAAUCAACCCUGAGUUGAUUGUUGCACGACUGUUCACUGAGGUGCUGGAUCACAAUGAAUGUCUCAUUAUCACAGGUACUGAACAGUACAGUGAAUAUACUGGCUAUGCCGAAACAUACCGUUGGGCCCGCAGCCAUGAAGAUGGGAGUGAAAGGGACGACUGGCAGCGCCGCUGCACAGAGAUUGUCGCCAUCGACGCACUUCACUUCCGACGCUACCUUGAUCAGUUUGUGCCUGAGAAAAUGAGACGCGAGCUUAACAAGGCUUACUGUGGAUUCCUCCGCCCUGGCGUUCCUCCAGAGAACCUCUCUGCGGUGGCCACAGGAAACUGGGGCUGCGGUGCCUUUGGGGGUGAUGCUAGAUUAAAAGCCUUAAUACAGAUCCUGGCAGCUGCUGCAGCUGAGCGAGAUGUGGCUUAUUUCACCUUCGGGGAUGCAGAGCUGAUGCGAGACAUUUACAACAUGCACACUUUCCUCAGCGAGCGGAGGCUGACUGUUGGAGAAGUAUACAAGCUGUUGCUACAGUACUACAAUGAAGAAUGCAGAAAUUGUUCCACACCAGGGCUGGACGUCAAGCUUUAUCCCUUCAUAUACCACGCUGUUGAGUCCUGUGCGGAAACUGCCAACCAGCCAGGGCAGAGGACAGGGACCUGAGGGGCCAAGUGACCUAAACCUCCCACUGCUCAGAGACAUCAUGUUUGAAUAGUCAGGUGUAGGGUAUAGACUGACUUAAGUUAAUAUAAAUGUGUAUAUAAUCCAUAUUUGUAGUCAGAGAUGCAAUCCCAUCCACACAUACGCAGUUGUCAGUUUGGACUUCUGGGCCCUCUCCAUCCUAAUUUACAUAGGGUUAGUUAUGUUUUCUUCCCAUUUUCUUCUGCUUCAGUCUUUGGUUUUCUUUUUCUUUUGCCCAUCAGUUUUCUUGUGAAACCCCAUUAAGGUGCUUAGUUGCCAGAUCUUUCUUCAUGCUUGUAUAUUAUACAGAUUGCUUCUGCAGCUAGCAAAUGCCAGUGAACCCAGGAAGAAGCUGAAAUCCAAGCAUCUCUGUCAUGGAGUUUGCUGCAAGUCUCCCUGUGAGCCUUUCACCUCCAGUUCUUUUUUAGGCUCCAUGUUUUUUGAAUUUUGAAAACUAAAAAUUGGGGAUUUUUUCAUACAUGUUGCAUAAUACGAAUAUCCUAGGUUAAAACAGUUUUUUUAUUUAUUUAACACAGACUACUUUCCAGAAGUUGUCUUGAGCCAUCAGCUUUAUCUGUAAUGGUUUAUCUGUCCUAUUUCCUCUGAUCAAUUUUUAUUCACACUGUUUUUGAAAACUGACCCAGAUGAAAGGAAAUGUAGAACAAAACAGAGUUCUCCUCAUGUGGUGUAAAGAAAACAGAUGAAAGAGGGUUGAAGGGCUUUUUUGUUUCUUGAGGCUUUUUCUUUUUAAGUUAGGAUUGGUUUCUGUGGUGCUUGAGUCAUAUUCAUAUAACCAAAGUUUAGGAACUGAGAACUUCAUGCAGGUUUGUGCACAUUGAAGUUUCUCUGGUAUUCAAAAGUUAGAGUUAAGGAAUCUUCAGUAAUAAAUCAAUCUCAGAAGGUCCCAUAUUAUCUAUACUUUAUAUACAUGUAUAAGCAUAAGCAUAUGCUCUUUAAGAGUGUCUCUUUAGGAGCUCAUAAAGUCUAAAUAAAACUGGAGUUGGGGAAAAUGAUUAGGGUUAGGCUUUAUCAGGGGUCUCUUUAAAAUCUGUUUUUCACACUUGUGUCUAUUUAAAACUGACAACAAACAUAAGUAGUAAUGUUAAACUGAACACCAAAGCCAAUCAUGAAAGCACUUAGAUUUCCAGAAUAGUCCUUAGCCACACUGUUGAAAUUCUGACUCACAGUCAGCUGUCAUGAAAAGCCAGUGGAGGUUAGACCGUGCAACCCUGGCAAGAAGAAAACGGGCGCUGAGCCAAUGUCUGUAGUCCUUGGUGUUUGUGUAGGGAUUGAGAGGAUGAUGAGAUUUGACACCUGAAGCAGCCACUUGUCACUGACAGCUCUUAGCUUAGUAGCUAAGAUUUUAAUCAUCUCCCAAAUCCAGAGGAGUCUGGCUUUCUUUCUGCCAGUACUAAAAUCUCUGUCCUAUUAAGUUCAUUUCCUUGUUUCUCCAUCCCCACACUCUCCCCUGCUAGCCAAUGCCAAGACUCAGUGAACUGUGUAUCCUAAGCACGGUAAGUUGGUUCCUGUGUAGAUAAACUAUAGAUCCAGGCCAGAUACUACCCAGCCCCCGUUCCUGAACCCGGAAGCUGAGUCCAUCUACCAACUGCCUCUCUCUGUGGAGACUAAGAGUAACCCCAACUAGCUCAUCAUCCCAGUGUAUCCUAGCAUUGAGCAGCUUAAUCAGAUGGAGCAUGAAGAGCAUUCAUUCAGUUUUUGAGAAGGGAAGAUAAUGGAGGGAAUGCUAUUACUUUCUCCUAACAGCCCUCUGUAAAAAAGAAGGGGAAAAAAAAAAAAAAAUAUAUAUAUAUAUAUAAUUAGAAUUCAUAUCUGUUGUGAGAUAUUUAACAGUACUUUUUUAUUCUCUUCCUCGUAGGGCUUAUUGUUUUAUUUCAUACUGCUUACUCCUUGGUUCUUUAAUCCACCAAGUUUAGAAAUCUUAAAUUUUUUUGUUCUUUAAUCUGCCAAGUUUAGAAAUCUAAAUUUUUUCUGUUGCUCUGCUUUUGUUUUUUUGUUUUUGUGAUACUGAGGAUUGAGCCCAGGGCCUCAGCACUCUACGAUUGAGCAACAUCCCAGACCUUUUUAUUUUUUGACACAAGGUCUCACAAAGUUGCCUACACUGACCUCCAACUUGCAGUCCUCCUGUCUCAUCCUCCCAAGUAGCUAAGAUUGCAAGUGUAUGCUACCACUGCUAGCAACAAAUCUUAGGUUUUUAAUGAAGCUUAUUUUCAGUUUGUCUGGCUUCCUCGGGAGUAUAACAAUUUAAGGAAGAGCAAUGUUCAGUAAUGCAAAAGACGUAAGAUUCCUAAACCAGGCAAAUUAGAUUCAAAUGCUAUACAUCCCUAGUUAAUAUUUUAACCUUAUCUAACUAAAGUGAAUCUCUGACUUAAGCAGAUAAAAAAUAAACUAACAGCACCUACUGGGAAAUAAAAUAUAAAACACCAAACACAGUCUGACUUACAGUUGGUGUUGAGUAAAUGUCAAAAAUAUUAUCAUUAGCCAGGCACGCUUAUAAUCCCAGUACUUGGGAGACUGAAGCAGGACCAUACCCAC